CUUCUCUGAUUUUCCGUUUCCUUCUAUGGUCGAUUUACACCCUUCGACGCUGCUGAACCUUCCCGGAGAUCCUGGCCCAUCCAACAGGCGAUCUCUUCCUUCCUGCCCUUACAUUGGUGUCCUUCGAGGAUUUUCAACAACCCUAGAAGCAGAUGGUAGAAGCGGUCACACAGCAAUUCCCCUCCCGCCUCUUGCCCAAUUGUAAGUCUCCGAAACCCUCAGGCGAGAACCCCCAGAGAUAAUUCAAGCCAAAACUCAGGCACCGGCCAAAUUCCGCAUUGAAGGUAAGAUUUUCACCUUCACUGAAUCGAUUUUCAAUAAGAAAAUCUGCGUUACUGAAAAAUGUUGGAAAAAAAGCUUCAACAUAUGGUUAGGGUUGGACACAUGUUCUUGGCUCUUAGAGGCGCUUCAGUCUCUUACAAUUGAAGGAGGUCUGCGUACAUCCUACCGAAGAGAGAAGAGGAGACUGCUCACCAUUUCUUUUCACUCCUACAGAUUUGGUAACCAUCUCAAAAUCUGUGAGCAUCACCAAGACGGCAAGACCUGGAUUCUCAUCCCGAAAGGUAAUCAAGGUUCUGGGAUUACUUCUUUCAUCUCCUGCUUUAAGAAAAUUUAUGUCAACUUGAGGUCCUCUAUUCCCCAUCCCCCUCCUUUUGUUGACAAUGCCUUAGUUUGUGCUUGGACUCAACCUUCUCCUCAACAAUCUUCAAACUCCAUCUCUGCCACUUUACUUAAAUUGGAAUUUUCAGAGAGUCUGCACCACCCUCCUCAUGGCCCUCUAAUUACCCCUGCAACCACAAAGCAGUCAACACUACAAGGCACCCUUUCUGCUUCAGCCCCAGCUUUCACCCCUCAAAGACUUGUCACUACACCAGGCCAAACUCUUGAUAUGGCCUGUGCAAAACCUCUUCAUUUCCAGGGAUGUUCUAAUUCAGACAAUGAUUUGGACAGCCCUCCUUGGGGCAAAAACCUAGGUUACAUCUCCGGGCCUGAAAUUAAUCCUUUGGACAACCAGAAAAAACUUCCCUCAAAUGUUUUUGAAGAUGAAUGGGUAACAGAUAGAGGCUCAGAUGAUGAGGAAGACUGGCACGCCCAUAAAGAGGUCAACAAGAAAAAAAACCUUAAGAAAUUUGACCAAUUAUGUUUGCAAUUCAAGGAUAGUCCCCAUCCAAGAAGAAGUAAGAGGUUAACAGAACUUAAAGCCAAGCGUGUUUGGGAACAAAUUUGAUUGGUGAGAAUGCUGUCAAGAUUUUCUCCUCAUGAUGUUCACCCUCUUCCUUAAUCCAGUGCUGCAGGUCGUUAUCAGGUUA